AUGGGCCGCAACAUGGCGCUUCCCCUGCUCCUGGCGCUGGCGGCCCUAGUGGCGUCGCUGCCGUCGGGUUCCGUCGCGACGGCGGGGACGGCUGGUGCGUUCGACAGCUGGUUGUCGGCGAACCAGAAAGACUUCGCGAUCAACCAGGCGUUGUACGCGAAGAAGGCGGUGGGUGACACCGGCAGCACCGUCGACGAGUCCCUGUCCAAGGCGGAGGAUAACAAGACCACCUACGUGGUGGACCCCAAGGGCGGUGGUGACUACAAGACCAUCACGGCCGCGAUCGACGCCAUCCCGGAGGGCAACACCGGUCGCGUAAUCCUGGACCUGAAACCCGGCGAGUACCGUGAGAAGAUCUUCCUCAACCUCAGCAAGCCCUACGUGACUUUCAAGUCCGAUCCCAAGAACCCGGCCAUCAUCGCCUGGAGCGACACCGCUGCGACGCUAGGGAAAGACGGGAAGCCGGUGGGCACGGUGGGGAGCACCACCUGCGCCAUCGAGUCCGACUACUUCGUGGCGUACGGCGUCGUGUUCAAGAACGACGCGCCACUGGCCAAGCCGGGGGCCAAGGGCGGGCAGGCGGUGGCGCUGCGUACGUUCGGCACCAAGCAGGCCUUCUACAACUGCACCAUCGACGGCGGGCAGGACACGCUGUACGACCACAAGGGGCUGCACUACUUCAAGGACUGCGUGAUCAAAGGGAGCGUGGACUUCAUCUUCGGGUUUGGGAGGUCCUUGUACGAGAACUGCCGCAUCGUGUCCAUCGUGAAGGAGAUCGCCGUUCUCACGGCGCAGCAGCGGACCAAGACCAUCGAGGGCGCUAUCGAGAGCGGGUUCUCAUUCAAGAACUGCAGCAUCAUGAGCGAAGGCGGGGGGGAUAUCUAUCUUGGCAGGGCGUGGGGGGACUCGUCGCGUGUCAUCUACGCCUACACCGAGAUGAGCAAGGAGGUGGUGCCAGUUGGAUGGGACGGAUGGAACAUCAAGCAGCCUGAGAGUAGCGGGAUCUACUACGGCGAGUUCAAAUGCAGCGGGCCGGGGUCGGACGCGAGGAAGAGGGUCGGGUGGGCUGUGGAUCUCACCGAGGCCCAGGCCAAGCCCUUCAUCGGCACACACUACAUCUUCGGCGACUCUUGGAUUCUGCCACCGCCAACUGGGAACUCUCCUCCCUCUAAAAAAGGCUCCAGUGGAGGAGCCCCCGCCACAUCUCCCGCCUCAUCGCCCGAGUCGGCAGAUUCAGCCUCAUCGCCCGAGUCGGCGGAUUCAGCCGCGUCGCCCAAGUCGGCGUCCUCAGCCUCGUCGCCCAAAUCCGCCUACUCAGCUGCAUCCAAGACGAAGAAGAAAGAAUUAUAG